AUGACGCCUUCACGUCUGCUAGCUUCUUUUCUUCUAGGUAUUUUAACCUUUGCUACGCAAUCCAUUACUCAAGUCCCGCCAAUUAUUUCAGGAGAACCUUCACCUCUUAUUGCGGAUGAUGUCGUAAACAUCACUACCUACAGCCUUCCGUCGAAUAACACGUUGAGCACUUCUCAAACAGCUGAGGUUGUUCAAGGAGCAAAAUUGUUGCGGCGUAUAAAACAGAGUGACUAUUUGCGAAUUCUUCCACUUGGCGCUUCGAUCACUCAGGGGGUUGAUUCCACCACCGGAAAUGGGUACCGCAAGCCUCUUAGAGAUCAAUUGCGGUCGCAGGGUUGGCUGGUCAAUAUGGUUGGAAGCAAGGCUGACGGAUCGAUGGUGAACAAUGAAAACUCCGGAUAUCCCGGCUUCAUUAUCUCUCAAGUCCAAGGAGUUGCACAAAAUGCAAUUACCGCAGGCUACAAACCAAAUCUUGUCCUUCUUAAUGCUGGAACGAACGACUGCUUGCAAAAUAUUGAUCCUCCCGAUGCACCCAAUAGACUCCAGAGUCUCAUUCAGACGUGUCUGAGCGGUAUGCCUGGUGUCUCUAUCAUUGUCUCAACCCUCAUUGUCAAUGCGAGUCCCUCUGAUAAUGCUGUAAGUCCAAUUCAGCAUCUCAAUUAUCUUCCCCAGCUUAAACUUGGUCUUAAUAAUCCAGCUGUCGUCCUAGCUGACAUGAACGAUGGUUUUAUCACCCAGUCGGAUCUUUCAACAGUCGAUGGCAUACAUCCAAACGAUUUUGGAUAUGAAAAAAUGGCGGCGGUCUGGUGGAACGCAUUCCAAGAUCCUUUUUUUCAAGCCCAGAUCUCACCACCUCAGAACAACGGGGCACCCGACGGCACAGCCAGCAACUCCCAUGUCUGUCCUAAAGUACUAGGUUUCUCUGACGGAGGGUCUGGUAACGGACAUCAAACACAAGGAGGUAGUGGUUAUGAUGAUGGACCAUACGCGCACCAUUUCAAUUCCCUUGGCUCGGUUGCCGUGGGAGGCACCCUAAACCUGUGCCCAUACAGCAAUGGUGUUGCAGACUUCUCUGGAGUUGCGUUUGCGCAAAUCAUCAACGGGGGUGGAGCACCCCGUGGCGGCGAGUUGGACGAGCUGAUCAUAGCAUCCUACACGCUCGUGAACGGGAAAGACGCCCAUUAUUCCUAUAUUUACCUCCUGAACCAGGGAGGUAAUCCUCCUCAAUUUGGCGCAGCAACGGCGUUUAAUCCGGGAUUCAAUUGCACGCCUGCAGGUACGUUACAAGCUCGCAUAUUCGAUGACUGUAUGGUAGCUAAUGUCGAACCAGAUGACUUCCUUUGUGUAGAUGGUAGUGCCAACGUUCGCGCUUCGAAGAAUAAUGGAGAUGGAACUUUCACAUAUCUUGGAUCAAUCAUGACUGCUCCCUCAGGUUCCAAUGGGAUUUCGGUGCGCUUUGGUGAUAUGGAUGGAGACGGCAGAGCGGAUUACUGUUUGGUUUCCCCUAGUCUUCACUGUUGGCGAAAUGGCGGUGUAGGGGAUGCCCCUGCCUAUUGGCAAGAGAUGUCAGGCUCUAACACCUUCAUUCUGGGUUCUCAAAAUGAUACGGAGCCAGUCGACACAAAGGAUUUCGUCUUUCGAGCAGAGAGACUUUACAUGAACACCCAAGGCGCCAUCACCACUGUCAUCAACAAUCGUGGUACAGGCUACGGAAUGAAACCAGAUUGGCAAUUCAUGGGCCUCACGCAUGCAGGCAUGGGUGUCAAUGGGGCCAGGCCGAAUAUUCGGUUUGGAAGGCUUUUUGGAACAGGUCGACCUGAUUACAUUUGGCUGAAGUCUUGCACAGCCCUAAAUGGCCAGCAAUAUAUUUGCAUGAAUGUUUUUCAGAACGAAGACACUGGAGGUAUGCAUCUGAAGGGUGAUGGCGUAAUGUACUGCGAUAUGCGUGGAACGGGCAGCGACGAUUACGUGUGGGUUUCGCCAGAUGGCCAAGGUUAUUUCUUUGGCAAUCAACAUAUCUGGGAUCCCCAACAAUGGAUCCAAGGGUCGACCAAUCUCUUCGGAAGUCACAUCUAUGAUCGAAGAGGCAUCCGCCUAGCCGAUAUAGAUGGGGACGGCAAGUGUGAUGUCGUGUUGUUGAAUCAAAACGAUGGGACAAUGACGUGGAUGAAAACGUCGUAUGCUGCCAGCACAGGAGCUUUUACAUUCACGGCUAUGGGCGCGAUCAGAAUUUUUGCCGAGCCUGGUGCAUAUGGCUGGGGCGGGAUAGGUCUUUCCGACCUCGCCGUUCGAUUUGCCGAUAUCAAUGGCGACAAAAGGCCAGACUACCUUUGUAUGCAACCAGACGGCCGAACUCUGGGAUUUCUGAAUAUGGGCAUCAAUAACUGGGUGAAUGUCGGCCAGGUCAAAAAGACGGAAAAUUGGGAUCGGGCAAACAUUCAUUUUGCUGACGCUAACGGCAAGCUCUCUUUUCCUUCUUCUCCCCAAAUCAAUGGAGGAGAUGGGCGAGCAGAUUUCCACUGGGCUGACAAGUUCACCGGUGAUGUGACUGUUUUCUACAACCAAGGACAAAUUCCAAGUUCUGGCAGUUCAUUUACGUGGUCCGAUGCAGGAGAAGUUUGGCGAGGCUCAGCUUUCAAUGACAGGGGCACCAAUUUCCAUUUCCCAAAUCUAAAUGGACUGGGACGUGCAGAUAUGCACGAUGUUAAUCCUCGCGUCAACUCUGCUCGUACUUGGUUCAAUAUCUGCCCGGGUUCGAGAAAUGGUGGGUCAGGUGAUGAUCCUGGCUGCUGCGCCGACCCAGGGCUACCUGUCUACGUUGCCUCCGGCAGCAGUGCUGUCAAUGUAGGCACUCCAGGCCCGGGAUUUUCAGAACCCUCAGAUACCUUUCUUCCGGGCUUCGAAACGCCAGUCUAUGGCCUAGGAGAUACGCUUUUGUUCGAUACGCCUAUAUUUUCGGAAAUCAAUCUUAAUGUGAUUGUAAUCGGUAGGGAAACACAAUGGGCCGAUAGCAAUUGCGGGACAGUCUCUGCCCCUGAUGCUGAUGGAGACACUCUCGGAUGCGUUGCCCUCGGCAUUGCAUGGCUCACCUAUUCGGUAUAUUUGUUGGACGGUGGACCAGGAGUCGGUACUCCCGCUCGCAGUCUGUCCUCUUCAAAGCAUCACUUCCAGGUACACUCACACUGGGAACCCGUGGGAAACUGCACGACAAGUUGUAUGUUGCUAGGUCAUGCUCCACAGCAUGUCUGGACUCCUGUCGGGAACGGAACCUACAAUGGCAUACACCACGAACUCCACUUCAUGCACACAGACAAGUUCACGGCUCACAGAGCUUUCCCAGGAGUCGUCAAGCCUGGCGACGACAACUCCACUCUUACUCCUCGACAAUGGGUUUCGAUCAAGGGCCAGCUCAUCAGCACCCAUGGUGUUAGCCCUAACACAUUCUUAUACAACUUGCGCCUUCAAGAGCUUAACUAUGCGGCUACCAUUAAUGAAUACCCUUCUCCAGAUCAUGAAGCGGCUCCAGAGUGGAUGGGACAAUCUGUUGAGGAGUCUGUUGCAUUGUCAAACAAUAGUGGUUUCUGCUUUACACUCAUACAUGGAGGUGCGGUCGUUGAUUCGUCGGUACUAGGCCUUUCCCAGACCGGGUCAGAGUGGGGGUCAGACUGGAACUCAGCCGGCGACAUCGAAGACGCCCUCGCAAAAUGCGCAGCCGACAACUUGGAUGGCAAACAUAUCGGCAACGGUGUCCUGGUCUGUGGACAUAACUUGACACGGAUUGACCGGUCUUUGGAAGACGACCCGGAUGGAACUUCAGAUCCAACUGGUCUCAAGGCCCGCAGCCUGAACAAACGGACAGGGUCUUCGGAAAACUACGCAAUACGCAAUAUGGCUCAGGUUAUUGCCGGUGCCGACCCUGUGACGAUCAUUAAUUGGCAGAGUGCUCCGUACAUCAACGGUGCUAAUGGACAGAAUUUGCAAGCAGCUACCGGCGACGAUCACGCGUACACGCUUGCCAAUCCGGGUAUUUGUACUGAUGCGAGUAUCAGAGAUGAUGCUGAGCUCGAUGGUCCAAAUGCUGUCGCUGUAGAUGCAGAGCACAUCUUUGAGCGCAACACCGUACCGGCGAUUUUCGAAUUUGCCCAGACUCUAAGUAUGGAUCUUCAGGAUGGAAACGGACCUAUUACACCGGCAGGUCUGGUGCCUAUUCCUUUCACGAUCAUAGAGAAUUUUGCAGCCGUUGAUUACAGGCUAUGGCCUAAUGUUCCAGCCGAUGCACCUUUUGGGAAUCUCUUCGAUGACCUUGCCGACGCCCUAGGUUCAACCAGUAAUCCUGACGUGAUGGCAAACCUGGAGCAUGUCCUGAAUCUUGUGAAAACACGAGUAUGGCGCGCUCUUGAUGUCACAUCUAAUGACGUCUGGGGUCCACUCGUAGCAACCCCGACAACACGUAACACUCAAGACGCUCUGGAUCUCAUGCGGUCGGGCAUUACCGUGUUCAACUAUAUCGACGACGGCCCAGUACAGAGCAAAAUGGGGUUAAUCCACGAUGCUCUAAAGGCCUCUUUUAACACAUUUGACACUAUCUUCAACACCUAUGAGCAACCACACAUUCCAAAUCAACAGCCAACUCAAUUUGAAGAAAUUUACGUCGUCUUUAUCAAUUACUUCACCCGGAGAAUGACAAGCCAUUACCGAAAUUACGGACAGACAAGGCUCAACCAAUUGUCAGCAGGGUGGAACAACGUGUUGGCACAAAACCCCACACCACAACAAGCGGCAAUUGCACAAAGCUGUUUAAAGGAUAUAAAGGCUCUCUAUGAUGAGGUUACUGCUCUAGUUUUUGACAAUUCAAAUUUCUCAAAGUAGUGUAGUCGUCAUGAGUUGUUUAUUGAGGAGAUUUUCUUUGGUUUAGUAGUUAUCAUUACUUUGAAACUUGGAAUUUUUGGAGCUUGUCUUCAACGAUUUCAUCUUCGUACUAUCGGAAGCAGUUAGAAUGAUGAUUGGCCAGGGUGUGGAAGUCAUCAAGGACAUGCAAGCGAGGCCCAUGUGUCCGGUUUACUAUCGGUAUUUAGCACUCUAGCUACUUUUAUAUUUGAUAAUCCAUCCCUUCAUUUUUGGGACC